CAUUAGUGUGCUGCAGCAGGUCUAACAAGGUCCAGAUGUCCACGGAGGUCCAACCGGCACUUUUGUUUCUCAAAAAGGACACCAAAACAUUUUAUGAUGGAUUGUUGAAAGAGACCACCAGACGCUACAGUUGUGGUCUCUUCCGACAAAACAAAUGCACCCGAUGCUGCAAUGUGAGUUUCUGAAACUUUACACGUUUCUUCCUGCAUGUCUGGAUGUUCGGAGGACCGAGAUGCUGCCGGCGCCACGGCGCUCCACCUUGCGGCCCGCUUUGGUUGCGUGGAGGUGGUCACGUGGCUCCUGUCCGUCAAGGGGACAGCGGAGGUGGAAACCAAGUGCGGGGCUCUGGCUGCUCACUACGCUGCAGUCAGUGGCGACCUCGGGUCUUUGAUGCUGCUUGUUCAGCAGACGCCACGGUGCGUGAACCACCAGAUGUCCACCGGCGCCAGCCCGCUCUACCUGGCCUGCCAGGAGGGACACGUGCGCAUGGUGGAACACCUGGUGAAGUACUGUGGCGCUGACGUGCACGUGAGGGCCUACGACGGCAUGAGCUGCCUGCACGCCGCUGCGCACAUGGGCCACGAAGACGUGGUGGCGUGGCUGGUGAGCCACACGGACAUCAGCCUGUCCUGCCAGGACGUAGAAGGAGCCACCGCCCUGCACUUUGCCGCCAGCAGGGGGCACUCUCGUGUCUUGGAGCGGCUGCUUGAAGCCGAGGCGAUGGUCAUGAAGGAUUACUGGGGCGGGACGCCCCUGCAUGAUGCGGCAGAGAACGGAGAGCUGGAGUGCUGUAAAAGCAUACUGGCCCGCCACCCCGAGCCCGCCGACAGAGAUAUUGAUGGACUCACGGCGGCCGACCUGGCCGAGUAUAACGGCCACCAUGAGUGCGCCAGAUACCUGCGUGCAAUGGAGAACAACGUAAGAACACCUGCUGUGUUUUUUUUCUUCCGCUCCUCCGAGCAUCUGUGGUCUUUGCCGUGUUUGGGGGAGGCCGCCGGUGCUGAUAAGUCCAUCAUCAUCCCAGCGGAGGAAGUGUCGCAGCGCAGCAAGCGGGUCCGUUUCCACGGCAGCGAGAGCGCCUUCAUGGACACCUUGAAGCAACCUGAGAGUGAGGAGACCUCAGCAGCAAGAUACCCUCAGCCACCUCCCUUACCUUCUUCUCCAUCCACGCCCGCCCAGCCGCAAAAGAGCAUCAUACCCAGAAUUGAGAAGGUUCAAACCGCAACAUCUGUUAUUAAAGGUUUAAAUCAGCCAAAGGCAGCCAGGAGUCGCACGACAUCCUCUGCUGACAAGAGGGCGCUACCUGAUGCCAGCCUCCUGAGCGACAUGAAGCCCAUCAUGACGCUCAAACAGUCGUCCCUGACGGGUGUCUUCACCGGCCAAGCCAGCAAGAUGGUGGUUCUCCCCACCGAGCAGGCCAACCUGGCGGACAUCGACCACCUGGUGCCCACCCAUGACGAGAAGGGCCGCCCCAUCGCAGAGUGGAAGCGGCAGGUGAUGGUGAGGCAGCUGCAGGCCCGGCUGCUGGACGAGGAGGACCAGAGGAGGAAGGAGAACGGCAAGAGGUUCGCCAAAGUCAGCUGGAGGUACUCGCAGGCCCACAAUGCCAUCUUGGGUCCGUCUGGCGAGCUUCUGACGGAGCAUGACCUCAUCUACCUGGAGCAGCAGAUCUCCAACGUGGCCAUGCAGAGGCACUGUGAGGGCUACGAGCUGGAGCUGGCCCGACUGGCCGACGAGCUCCGCCACAUCCUGCCGGCGCCCAUCGUCAACAUCACGGUCAACACGCAGUUCAGAGACUUCACCAGUCAGGUUCCUCUGCCUGUGUGGUGUGGUCGCAUCUCAGGCAUCGUGAAGAGCAUGUCGCUGCUCAUGAGCAACCUGACGGACCAGCCCUACUGCAAGAUGCCCAACACCGACCUUGUCACCGUUUUUUCCCAGACGCCCGACAGACAGGACUCCACUAGAGGGCGCCGAGAGAGGAUCGAGGACGAGAUGCAACAGUUUGGAGUGUCUGUGAGGACGCUCAAGUCAAAUUUUGAGAUGCAGAACUCCCCUGAGGACAGCAAUGUGUUCAACACCUCCACUCCACAAGAAUCGAGUGAGUCGGAGAAAUCCCCUCAAUUCUCCAGUCCAGACCAGAACAGCGAUGUGCACCAGGGGGCGAAUGUUUCAGGAGUUGUUGAGACAACCAGCCUCAGGAAGGAGCGCAUCGUCGUGCUUUUCCUGGGCCACUGGAAGAAAUCUGCUUACACGGUGACGCUCAAGAGCAAGGAUGCGGCAGAGAGGAAGGGGAGCGGCGGCUCUGAGACGGGUGAUGACAAACGUGGUCCGGAGUGCCGGACAAGCGAGGACAUUGCCCAGUCCAAGAUGAUGAACAGUUCUUUGGGACACUUCUUCAAGCAGAGGAGUGCCGUCAACAAGAUGCUGGGGAACUGGAGGAACAUGAUCUCCAGUGUUCCUUCAAGGCAGAUCCGACGGCUCCACAGGCAGCAAGUCCUCUACUCCCCGGAGCAGUUCCUUCCCCGUGUGGACGGCGUGCCCUUGGAGUACGAUAAGCUGACCCUCGACCUCUUCAUGCUGGGCUACUUCCACAUCUUGGAGCUGGAGCUGCCGGUGGACGAGCGCAAGAUGAGACACCUGCUGUGCUUCGAGGUGUUCGACCACGUCGGCAGCUUCCCCUGGGAGCUGGUGAGGGACUUCCACAAGGCCGUCAUCGAGGACAUCGAGGCCGGCAACCGCCAGUGGAAGGAUGGCUUCGAGGACCUGAAAGUCAAGUUCUUUGGCAACGUGACAAGUGCGCCCGAGGCCUCGGCGGAGGCGGAGACAGGCCGCCUUCCAGAGAUGACGUCGCUCCCGAAAGUCAUCGUACAGACGCCCACGCCGGAUGAGGGAUCGCUCUACACCGGAACCGACAUCUCCUGUUUCAGCAACGAGGAGAUAUGCCAAUACAUCGACCGGAGCUUCGCUUUUUGGAAGGAGAAGGAGGCGGAGAUUUUUGAUUUUGAGUAGCUGGUUGCUUGGGUUUUGAUAACUGUGUCAGAGCGGGGGUCACAUUGACUACAUAGUCGGCCAUGUUUGUUUAGAUCACGUUCAAGUUUCAUGUUUUUGUAACAGCAGCAGAGAUAUCAACGUGGGCCAAAAAUGAUAUCACUUUCUUCAAUUUCGAUGAAAUUAUGGCUCAUAGAUUCAAAGAUUGAUAGAUUCAGUUCCACUGAUUGUUUUGUAGUCAGUAGAUCGCCGCCUAUUCGCGGUUCGGCAUUCGCACCCCCAUUUAUUCACGCAUUUGUCAUUACAGUAGCUGCUUUAAAUUGGAACUUUUUCAGUUUUUUAUGGUACCUUAACCCUAGAGCACUUAUGUCGGGUGAUUUACACCCACACAAUUCUUGCCAUGUGAUUUUCAUGGUGUUGCUGCUGUCUGAGUUGCAUGGGUGCUUGGGUAUCUUCAGGCUGCUCACUCCUGUCAUUCAUGCUAUGUUUGUUUCCCUCCUCCCAUCUAUGUUUUUUUCAAGAGGCAUGCGUUUGGGUGAUUUUCACUCGACGUUAGUGAUAGAGAGUAACAUAUUUUACAGGUGGAUUUACCUGAUGUUAGUGUUAGUGUGUUUAAAUCAGGCUAUUUGGUGCUCUUUGCACCAAAUAACUAACUCUGGUGUCCUUCCUCCGUGACGCAGCUUCAAAAAAGAAGCUUGUCCUACUCUUGUCAUCCAUGCACACACAACCAAGUAUUGGACCCAUUCACAAGCCUGAGGUGAUUGAGUUUUACAAUCAAACGAAGAGAGGUGUUGAUACUUUGGACCAGAUGUGCGCCGAAAAACCAAGAGGUGACCUCAGUGUGUGCUACGUGGCAUGAUGACACACAAAUGAAGAGGAGGCAGUAUAUGCACGCUUUGGCAAUGGCACUCAUUAAGCCACGGGCAGAGCAGAGGCUCCCCUCUUCACGUCUGUCACGUCAGCUCAUAAUCCUCAUCUACAGCGAGUGCGACAUCCCCACACCUGGCACUCCUGUGGGCGAGGUUGGACCAGUGGCAGCAGACAGCGGAGGUCCCUUAGUGAGGUGUGCUGAGUGCCACAGGCUCGGACAGGAAGACACAACACAGAUGUCAUGUCUGCCGUCGACCAGUGUGUGCUCGCCAUUACUACCCUGCCUAUUCCGACUGCAUGUAAGGUAUAAGGAAGACUGUGCCUUCACCAGACGAAGCUCACAUGUCCCAGGAAUGGGUGGACCGAAGAACAAGUUCACAGCUCCAAUAUUAUUUUUUUGGUUUGGAAAUUUCUCGUUAAGGAUUACCUGAUUUUUCACAAAUUUUGCUUCCUUUUUAAAGGGUGCCUUUUUAAAAUAUUGUAUGUGAUAUUGUAUAUCGGGAAAUUAAA